AUGUCGAAGCAGACAAUUCCUCGUUUGGAAUUAUUAUCAAGUCUUCUAGCACCCCGGUUAACAGAUAGCGUGAAGAAAGCCUUGAAUGACGUUAAGAGAAUCGAUUCAGUCACCUAUUGGUCUGAUUCAACUGUAGUGCUUAGUUGGAUACGAAAUUCUAACAAAGAAUUCAAACAAUUUGUUGAAAACCGAUUAUUAGAGAUAAGAAGACUGGGACCCCCCAAAUUAUGGAAGUAUGUACCUACCAAACAAAACCCAGCAGACAUUGCAUCCCGAGGAACAACAGCAACCCAGCUUGUAGAAAACAAAUUGUGGUGGAAUGGUCCUGAAUUUUUAAUAAAGUCUAAUGAACAUUGGCCAUCCCAACCUUCCAAUCUCCAAGAGGACGAUCCGAGUUAAAAUCUCCGCGAGUAAGCGUUAAUACAUCAAUCGUUAAUGUUGCACAAAUUCCAAAUAUCAUGGAAUUGAUGGAUACAGUAUCUCUGAAUACAGAACUAUUGGAAGAUUACUUCGAGUUACAGCGUAUGUCUUACGUUUUAUUAACAAUCUCAAGAAACGCGUAGAGAAUCUUGAUACCACGGUUGACCAGAUUACCUGUGAGGAAAUCGACAGCGCAGAACUGAAAUGGAUUAAAGACAUUCAGCAUCCAAUGUCCAAACAAGCAAAUUAUCGAAAAGUAAAGGAGUCCUUAAACUUGUUCGAAGGUAAAGGGAACAUUAUACGAUGCCAUGGACGAAUACAAGAAUCACGCUUACCUUAUGAUAAGAAAUUCCCUAUCCUUUUACCAAGUGACCACUAUUUUACAAGAUUAGUUGUUCUUCGAAGUCAUGAACAAGUCAUGCACAAUGGAGAUCGAGAAACCCUGACGCAAGUUCGAUCCAAGUAUUGGAUAACAAAGGGUCGCCAAGUCGUGAAAAAGAUCCUUUCGAAAUGUACCAUUUGUCGAAGAUUAGAAGGCCCACCUUACGGGAACCCAGAAGCGCCGCCACUACCCGAGUUCCGUUUGAGCAACGAUUUUGCCUUUUCCAAGAUCGCCGUCGAUUACGCAGGUCGAAUGUACGUGAAGGACAUAUACAGUCAAUCGAAAGAUAUGUACAAGGUUUACAUAUCCUUGUACACAUGUUCAAGCAGUAGAGCCUUACAUUUGGAUUUAGUUCCAGACAUGUCAAGCGAAGCAUUCGUUAGAAGUUUAGAGCGAUUCAUUGGAAGACGUGGAAUCCCCGCACUGAUCAUUUCAAACAAUGGAAAAACAUUUAAAG